AUGUCUGCUGCCGCCCCCGCCGCCGCUGCUCCUCCUAAGGACUUCCUCUCGGGCCACCCCGGUCACCUCGAUGAGCACCAGACCGAGAUCCUCGCCCAAUUCCGUAAGGAGCUCGUCGAGGAGGGCCUGAUUCCCGCCGACAUGGAGAAGGCGAAGAACGAGGUCGUCGGAUACGACCGUUACGACGACAAGACGCUUCUCCGCUUCCUCCGCGCACGCAAGUUUGACCUUGUCAAGGCCAAGCUCAUGUGGGAGAUUAACGAGAAGUGGCGCAAGGAGUUCGGUACCGACGAGAUUGCCAAGAACGGCUUCCCAUACCCCGAGGCCAUCGAGGUCGACAAGUACUACCCACAGUUCUACCACAAGACGGACAAGGACGGACGGCCAGUCUAUAUCGAGCAGAUGGGCAAGCUCGACAUCACUGCGCUCUACAAGGCCACCACCCAGGACCGUCAGCUGCACCACUUGGUGGACGAAUACGAGCAGUUCCUCGGCAAGCGUCUUUCCGCGUGCUCGGAGGAGGCCGGCCACCUCAUUGAGACGUCGUGCACCAUUCUCGACCUCAAGAAUGCUGGUAUCUCGACCUUCUACAAGGUCAAAGACUACGUGUCGGCCGCAUCGACAAUUGGCCAGAACUACUACCCCGAGACCAUGGGUUUCAUGUUCAUCAUCAACGCUCCUUACCUCUUCUCCACAGCCUGGUCUAUUAUCAAGCCGUGGCUCGACGAGGCAACGCAGCGCAAGAUUCACAUCCUCGGCAGGAACUACAAGGCCGAGCUGCUGCAGUACAUUCCGGCCGAGAACCUCCCGGUCGACCUUGGAGGUACCUGCCAGUGCCCUGGCGGGUGCUCGCUGUCCAACGCUGGACCGUGGAACAAGACUCUGGCGACGGCUUAG